AGCGCCUAGCGAGAACACUACGUGCUGACGUCACCAGCCCAAUGCUUUUCUGUCGGCGUAUUCAUUUUCUCUUUUGUGGCUUUUAAAUGUGACGUCACUCGCUCCCUGCUGCUUUUCUUCAGUACUGGAACUAUGGCCCGCCUCCGAAUUUAAAGGGGAAGUCGCUACUAUCCGAGGCCUGUUAGGCCUCCAACGGUCCCCGGUGUUUCCUGAAUGCAUCCUGCUCGCUCCGGACAAGGGUUCACUGUGAGGCCGUGACUACAGAAUUUUAUGAAAGGAAUAUUUAAACUUCUUCAUCAAAGUGUAAGGACCUUCUCCCAGCUAUCAGCAAAAAAAACUUUGCUGUGUCAGGUUGCUUUACACUGCUACCCUUCUCACUUACCUCCUCUUGGCACCUCACAUUUAAAGUUUGCUCUUCAAACCUCUAGUUGUCACAACAUGGCAGAGCAGCGGUAUUGUGUAGAGUAUGCCAAGCGCGGGACUGCUGGUUGCAAGAAGUGUAAGGAGAAAAUCGGCAAGGGACUAGUGCGGAUUGGGAAAAUCGUUCCAAAUCCCUUUAGUGAGUCUGCUGGCGAUAUGAAAGAGUGGUACCAUGUCAAGUGUAUGUUUGAGAAGCUGGAACGUGCUCGGGCAACUACAAAGAAGAUUGACGACCUCACAGAGCUUGAAGGCUGGCAGGAACUACAGGACCCAGAGAAAGAUCUCAUCAACCAGCAUGUUACAGAGCUUGCUGCCAAAGCAGGGGCUGCACCCACUCCCCGGAAAAAGACCCCAUCGAAAGCAAACCAAUCCCAAGCAACACAGGGUACUACUCCUAUAAAAGCACCUGCUGCAAAUCCUUCACCUCUGAAGUUUUCAGGCUUUUCUGCUAAACCAGACCCAUCAUCACCUGCAACCAGUUCUGCAACCAGUGGCUCAAGUCUUUCUACAGCACAGUGUGAUCCCAAGCACAAGGACUGUCUGCUGCGUGAAUUUCGCAAGCUAUGUGUCAUGGUAGCAGACCAGGCAAGCUACAAUACCAAGACACAGAUCAUCCAUGACUUUCUGACAAAAGGAACAAGUGGAGAUGGCUUUCAUGGAGAUACUUACCUAACAGUGAAGCUGUUGCUACCGGGUGUUAUUAAGAAUGUGUACAACCUCAACGAUAAGCAGAUUGUCAAGCUUUAUAGUCGCGUGUUUAACUGCAACCAGGAAAAAAUGGUUCGAGACCUUGAGCAGGGCGAUGUGUCAGAAACUGUUCGAAUUUUCUUUGAAGAGAGCAAAACCUUUCCACCAGCUGCAAAAAGUCUGCUGACAAUCCAUGAGGUGGAUGACAUGUUAAAUCGGCUUUCCAAAAUGACCAAAGAGGAGGACCAGCAGAAGGUCCUGGAGGAGAUAGCAAACAGGUGCACCAGCAAUGAUCUGAAGUGCAUUAUUCGUCUUAUCAAGCAUGAUUUGAAGAUGAACUCGGGAGCUAAACAUGUUCUUGAUGCUCUUGAUCCUAAUGCAUAUGAUGCAUUCAAAGCUUCUCGUAAUUUAGGGGAUGUUGUAGAGCGUGUUCUUCGCAACAGACAGCAAGGUCCAGGAAUGAAACGAAUGCUUACUGUUGAAGCUUCACUUAUGACACCGGUUCAGCCUAUGCUGGCUGAAGCUUGUAAAUCUAUAGAGUACGCCAUGAAGAAAUGUCCCAAUGGAAUGUAUGCAGAAAUAAAGUAUGAUGGGGAACGAGUCCAAGUGCACAAAAAUGGUGAUCACUUCAGUUACUUCAGUCGUAGUCUGAAGCCUGUUCUUCCCCAUAAGGUUGCUCAUUUCAAAGAUUACAUUCCGAAAGCGUUUCCAGGUGGUAACAGCAUAAUCUUGGAUGCCGAAGUGCUGCUCAUUGACACAAAUACUGGCAAGCCUCUUCCAUUUGGAACAUUAGGUGUUCAUAAGAAAGCUGCUUUCAAAGAUGCCAAUGUUUGCCUCUUUGUGUUUGACUGCAUUUACUUCAAUGGCGUCAGUCUAAUGGACAGGCCACUUUCUGAGCGAAGAAAGUUUAUGCAAGAGAACAUGGUGGAGAUCCCUAACCAUAUAAUGUUCUCAGAGAUGAAGCAUGUUACUAAAGCCGCAGAUCUUGCUGAUAUGAUCACAAAGGUUAUACGGGAAGGUUUAGAAGGCCUUGUACUUAAAGACUUGAAGUCAAUCUAUGAGCCAGGAAAGCGCCAUUGGCUAAAAGUGAAAAAGGAUUAUUUGAAUGAAGGUGCUAUGGCAGACACUGCCGAUCUUGCAGUAUUAGGAGCAUUUUAUGGGAAAGGAGCAAAUGGUGGCAUGAUGUCCAUAUUUCUUAUGGGAUGCUAUGACCCCGAAUCUCGUAAGUGGUGCACAGUGACAAAGUGUUCAAGUGGCUAUGAUGAUGCCACACUUGCCCGUUUACAAAAGGAACUGGACAUGGUGAAGAUUAGUAAGGACCCAGCCAAAAUCCCAUCUUGGCUAAAGAUCAACAAGAACUAUUACCCAGACUUCAUCAUACAAGACCCUGAGAAAGCUCCUAUCUGGGAAAUCACUGGGGCAGAAUUUUCCAAAGCAGAGGCUCAUACGGCUGGUGGCAUAUCCAUUCGCUUUCCACGCUGCACUCGGUUCAGGGAUGACAAGGAUUGGAAGACCUCUACUACACUACAACAGCUAAAGGAACUUUACCGGGUCUCUAAGGAGAAAUCUGAUUUUACUGUUACGACUGUGUCUUCUCAAGAUGAAGAAGUCUCAUCCGAAAACAGUAGUCGUGAAAACGAAGGAAGCUCAAGACCACCAACCCCAAGCGGCUCACUGAAGGCUCCAAAAUCGUCAACUUCAAAGUCACCAGGGAAAGACAAAAGAAGUGACAGUGGAAAGCCUCCAAAAACUAAGAAAAAUGAAGACCUGCCUAAGGCUCAGAAGAGGAAAACUGAGUCUCCUGUCCCAUCUGAUAGUAAGAAGGCUAAAAUAACAAAUUCUAACCAGAGCAAUGGACACAAUGUGGUGCAGUCUUCAUCCAAUUCCAAAACUCUUCUAGAUAUUUUCACUGGUGUAAAGCUUUAUCUACCUUCUACACUUGAGGAAUUUGCAAAACUGCGCCGUUACUUUGUUGCCUAUGAUGGUGAUCUAGUGCCAGAAUUUGACAUCCCUUCUGCUACACAUGUAAUGGGUGAUGUUUAUGAAUGUGCUAAAGCUGCCAAGCGUGUUACGCCGUCCUGGAUAUGGGAAUGCAUACGACGUCGUAGACUUGUGGCACCAUGCUAAUGAAAGACCUUAUGGGCUUGCUAAUGAUGUUUACAGAAUCAUGAAGAAGUAACUUGAGACUUUGUGUACUGAAUGCAUUGACAUGACGGUGGUAUCCUCUCUAGCAAUGAAGGUUUCCUUGUACAUUUAUAACUGCAAUUACGAAGUAGUACGGAUCUAUAAAUGAUGGAACAAAUCUACACACCUGCAUACCCAGAAUGUCCUGGGUAAGAACACCGCUUCUGGAUCCUCGCAGCAUUGUUCUGCAGUGUAUAAAUGAGUCAACCAUUUUCCCAGUAAUGUUGCUUUAUACUCUCAAAUCUGAUUCUGACUUUAUUUUUCGGUGUAAAUAGAUGUAUGAAAACAUUAUUGUUUUUACAUAAUUAUGUGUAUAGAAAUGAAUGUUCUGACUAUGGGAAAAGGUGCUAAGUGAACUUUUUAAUGUUGCUGCAUUUUCAGUCACUACAGCAAAAUGGUUGCCUAAAUAAAAUAGGCCACUCUUCUAUUACUGGAUAAUGGAGUAGACAUCUGUUUUUAUAUGUGCCAUUUUACUAGCUGUACAGUUAAUGCCUACAGAGUGAUGUGUUGUAAUAGAACAUCUACAAAUCUAUGGAUGUAUUAAAGACUAUGGAUUUUCAGAUGUAUAUUUUCUUCACUAAUGAACACAGCCAUUGUAGUGCUAGAUUUCAAAGUCUAAUACAACUCUUCCUGAAAGACAUAGU